AUGAAUAAAAGAAUUCUUAUCCCUGUGAAGAGAAGACUAGAAAUAAACGAUGAAGCAAGAAUAGGGGUGGCUAGGAAUUUUCAUUCUAUAGUUGUUGAAGCAGGGGGGUAUGAGGCAUUAACAUUUGAUGAACAAGAUGCUAGGAAUCAUAUUCAGAGUAUGAAAAGAUUGAGGCUUGGGGUCGGAGAUGCUGAAUCAGUUGCACUUUAUUUUCAUAGGAUGCAACAACAAAAUUCAAACUUCUAUUAUGCAAUUGACCUCAAUGAAGAUGGUCGCAUGCGAAACUUGUUUUGGGCGGAUGCAAGGAGUAGGGCAACUUAUAAAGCACUUGGGGAUGUGUCAAUUUUGCUUGGUUAUGGGCUAGUAUCUAAUGAGAACACUGAAACAUUUGCCUGGCUCUUCAGAGAAUGGUUAAGUUGUAUGUCUGACGUUCCUCCAAAAGCUAUAAUAAUAGACCAGUGUAGAGCUAUGCAAAAUGCCAUUGAAGUUGUCUGUCCAGAAGCUCGACAUCGUUGGUGCUUAUGGCAUAUCAUGAAGAAAAUUCUUAAAAAAUUAAGAGGAUAUGCCCAAUAUGAAUCCAUCAAGCUUGCUUUGCAAAAUGCAGUUUAUGAUUGUUUUAUAAAACAUGAAUUUGAUGAAGAAUGGGAAGCGAUGAUUGGUAAGUUCAAUCUAGAUGAUAAUGACUGGUUGAGGAUAACUUUAAAGCAAUUUGUUGAACAAUAUGAUAAUGCCUUGAGAAGUAAGGUUGAGAAAGAGAUGAAAGCAGACUUCAAAUCUCGAAACAAAUUGUAUGAUUGCUUAACGGUAUAUGAGUUUGAAAAGCAAUUUCGUGCAGCCUACACGAAUGCAAAAUUUAAAGAAGUGCAAGUAGAAUUGAAACGACUAUUGUAUUGUCGUGCGAAUCUUGUCAAAGAAGAGGGAACUAUUUGUACUUAUCAUGUGAAGGAGGCUGUUCUUGUGGGUGAGAAAAUGAAGACUGUGGAAUUUGUUGUGUACUUUAAUGCAACUGAAUGUGAAUUGCAUUGUAUGUGUCGGUGGUUUGAGUUUAGGGGCAUUAUGUGUGCCCAUGCAAUUACUGUGCUACUUGAGAGGUGCAUAUAUCAGGUGCCAGAUCAAUAUAUUGUAUCAAGAUGGAGAAAAGAUCUCGAAAGAGGGUACACAUGCAUUCUAACCACAUACACUAAAGCCGGGGCUGUUCUUAAUGCAAAGUUGCAUGACAAAUACCGCAAGAUGUUGGACAAAAUCCUAGAAAUAGCUGCCAACGAUGAUGGUAAACAUGAAGUGCUUGAUCUUGGGUUGAUAGAAAUCAAGGAUAGGGUGAGAAAAGAUCAAUCGGGUAGUGCGAGUCAUGCACCACCUUCUACUAGUGACGUGCCACCUUCUACUAGUAAUGUACCACAUUGUCAUAGUUCAUUGAGAAGUCUGUCUGCUCGUAGUACUACAAAAGCAAGCAUGUCUCGCAACAUGCUUAGUCCAAUGGUUGCUCGCCGAAGAGGACGUCCAUGUACGAAACGGAAGACACAGUUUAGUCAAAUGCAAACGGUGGACAAUAUUGGAGGCACAUCUCAUACUCAAAGUUCGACAAUCACUUUCAUGGAAGAGGAGCUGCUGUCUUUGCUCCGUGAUGAAGAAGAUGCAGAAUGCUGA